AUGAGAAAAAAAAAAAAUACAAAAAACAACAAAAAAGGCAGUGAUUAUGCUUUAGUUGAUGAAUCAGAUGAAAGUAAAAAUGACGAAAGUGAUAUUGAAAAUGAAAAAGAAGAGGAAGAGGAAGAAGAAGAAGAAGAAGAAGAAGAAGAUGAAGAUGAAGAUGAAGAUGAAGAUGAAGAAGGAGACGAUAAUGAAGAAAAAGAGGAAGAAGAACAGGAAGAAGAUGACGACGAAGAUGAUGAAGAUGAAGAAGAUGAAGAAGAUGAAGAAGAUGAAGAUUAUGAAUUAAAAAAUUACGGUAUAGCUCUUGAGAUGCCUAAAAGAAAAAACAGGGGAAAAAAUAUGAAAAAAUUAAUUGGUGAAGAUUUAGAAAAGGAUGAACAGUUUUGGAAUGAUAGUAUGUGGGAAGAAGAAGAAAUUGAUGAAGAGUAUGUAAACUCAGAAGGAGAAGAAGAAUAUAAAGACGUAACGGACUCUGAUUUUGAUGAUGAUGAAGAGGAAGAAGAAGAGGAAGAUGAAAAUAGAAAUGAAAAUGAAUUUGAUGAAGAGAAAAAAAAGAAAAAAAAAAUAUAUUCCUAUUUAGAAAAAUUAAAAAAACAAAAAAAAAAUAAUAUGCUAAAAUAUAACUAUAUGAAAAAAAGAAAGUUUAAUGAAACAGAAAAUAAAAAUAAUAAUAAACUUGAAGAAUGUGAUGAGGAAAUGAAAUCAGAAGAGAAUAAAAAAGAUGAAAAUUUGUAUGACGAAAAAAUGUUAAAAAAAAAAAAAAAAAUGGAAAACAUGUAUUUAAUGUUAAAUAGAUCUACGAGAGAUACCACGAGACAAAAAACAGAGCAAAUGCAGCAGCUUUCUGAAUUAAGAAGAAUAAAAAAAGAAAAUCGUUUUAAAAAAUUUUACGAAAGUAGAAAAAGAAAAAAAUCUAUGCAAAGAGAAAUGACAAGAGAAGAAAGACUUGAAGAAGCAAAAUUAACUGAGCAAUUUAAUAUUCAAUCACUACUACAAUUACAAGCUUGGGAGGAAGAAAAAAAAAAAUAUAUUGAAAAUAAGAAAAUUAUAUACCAUAAACCUAAAAGUGUUUUUAUUAGUUAUUCUUAUUCUAAAAAUAUAAUUAAUCCUUUAAGUGAAAAUUUGAAAUAUAAUUUAGAUCUCUAUUAUCCUAAUAAGGAAGGAGAAAAUAUAAAUAAUGUUUUAACAGAAAAUACUAUAUCAGUUAAUACGAACAUAUUAGAAAAUGAUAUAAAAAAUAACUGUGAUAUAAAUAAAAUGAAUGAAAAUAUAAAAAUAGAUGAUUCUUUAGAACAACCUAUUCAAAGUAAAAACACGAUUGACAAAGAACAAAUGAAUGAAUCAAAUAUCCAAACUGCUAAAUUAGAAGAACUAAGUAAAAAAGAAAAUAAUGAAAAUGAUAAAGUAAUAAUUGAAAAUAUUAAUGAAAAUAUAAAAGUAGAAAUGGAAUUUUUUAAUGAGAAAGAUAAUAUAAAAAAUGAAAAUUUGAAUGAAAACAAGAAAAUAAAUAUUGAAAAUUUAAAUGAAUGUGAAGAUUUAAAUAUACAAUAUUUAAAUAAAAAUGAUGAAUUAAAUUUUGAUAUUUUAAAUAAUGAUAAAAAAUGUGUAAAUAAAAACUCUUCUAAGUUAUCAAAAGAAAAAGAGAAUAAUAUCUAUAUAGAGGAAAAACAACUUUACAUUGUUACAGAUUAUAAUGAUUUAAAAAUGUAUAGUAAUUAUAAUAAUAAUAAGGAAACAUUAGAGAAAAUAAAAAAUAAAAAUAAUAUUUGUGCAAUAACAAAUUUAGAAGGAAAAUAUUUUGAUCCAUUAACAAAAAAAUAUUAUUAUAAUGCAGAGGCAUUUAAAAUUUUAAGAUUUUUACAUCAUAAAAAAGUUUAUGAUGAAGUUAAUAAUCAGAUUUGUCUUAUUGUUAAUCUUUUUAAAAGUAAAUUAGACGAAAUUGAAGGUAAUGUUGAAAAUACUACUUUUGAUAAUACUUUAAAAUAG